AUGGAGAAUAUGGCGGAGGAGGAGCUGCUGCCCCUGGAGAAGGAGGAGGUGGAGGUGGCCCAGGUCCAGGUCCCGACCCCGGCCCGGGACUCGGCUGGGGUCCCAGCUCCGGCCCCGGAUUCGGCUCUGGACUCGGCUCCGACUCCGGCCUCGGCUCCAGCCCCAGCCCCUGCCCUGGCCCAGGCUCCGGCCCUGUCCCCGUCCCUAGCCUCUGCCCCUGAGGAGGCUAAAAGCAAGAGACACAUCUCAAUUCAAAGGCAGCUUGCUGAUCUAGAGAAGUUAGCUUUUGUAACUGACGGAAAUUUUGACUCUGCCAGCUCAUUGAACUCAGAUAAUCUUGAUGCAGGCAACAGACAGGCUUGUCCAUUGUGCCCUAAGGAAAAAUUCAGAGCUUGUAAUAGCCAUAAGCUUCGUCGUCACCUCCAGAAUUUACACUGGAAAGUCUCAGUUGAAUUUGAAGGUUACAGGAUGUGCAUCUGUCACUUACCUUGUCGACCAGUGAAACCAAACAUUAUUGGAGAACAGAUAACCAGUAAAAUGGGAGCCCAUUAUCAUUGUAUCAUUUGUUCAGCAACAAUCACCAGAAGAACUGAUAUGCUAGGACAUGUUAGGCGCCACAUGAAUAAAGGAGAGACUAAAUCUAGUUAUAUUGCAGCUUCCACUGCUAAACCACCUAAGGAAAUUUUGAAAGAGGCAGACACAGAUGUACAAGUUUGUCCCAACUAUUCUAUACCUCAGAAAACAGAUUCCUAUUUUAACCCCAAAAUGAAACUAAAUCGGCAGCUAAUAUUCUGUACAUUGGCUGCUUUGGCUGAGGAACGAAAACCUUUGGAAUGUCUAGAUGCUUUUGGAGCCACUGGGAUAAUGGGAUUACAGUGGGCAAAACAUCUUGGAAAUGCAGUCAAAGUUACAAUCAAUGACUUGAAUGAAAACUCUGUGACACUGAUUCAGGAAAACUGCCAUUUAAACAAAUUGAAAGUGGUGGUGGACAGUAAGGAAAAGGAAAAGAGUUAUGAUAUUCUUGAAGAAGGAGAGAAAAAUCUUGGUAAUAUUAAGGUGACCAAAAUGGAUGCCAAUGUACUGAUGCAUUUGAGAUCUUUUGAUUUCAUACAUCUAGACCCUUUUGGAACAUCAGUGAAUUAUCUAGAUUCUGCAUUCAGAAAUAUAAGAAACCUUGGCAUAGUGUCAGUGACUUCUACAGAUAUCAGUUCUUUAUAUGCCAAGGCACAGCAUGUUGCCCGGCGUCACUAUGGAUGUAACAUUGUCCGAACUGAAUAUUACAAGGAACUAGCAGCCAGAAUUGUUGUAGCUGCAGUGGCAAGAGCUGCAGCCCGAUGCAACAAAGGCAUAGAAGUACUGUUUGCAGUGGCUCUGGAACAUUUUGUGUUGGUAGUUGUGAGAGUUUUGAGGGGACCUACUUCAGCAGAUGAAACAGCCAAGAAGAUUCAAUACCUGAUCCAUUGUCAGUGGUGUGAAGAGAGAAUUUUUCAGAAGGAUGGUAAUAUGGUAGAAGAUUACAGUGCUAACUUUGUUAUUUCCUAUACUGGAUUUCCUUUCGUCAACAGACAAGACAUUCGUACGGAGUCUCGUUCUGUCACCCAGGCUGGAGUGCACUGGCACAGUCUCGGCUCACUGCAACUUCCAUCUCCCAGGGUCAAGCAAUUCUCCUGCCUCAGCCUCCCAGAAAACCCAUAUAGACAGCUGCCUUGUAACUGUCAUGGAAGCAUGCCUGGAAAGACAGCAAUAGAACUUGGACCUCUGUGGUCAAGUUCCCUUUUCAAUACUGGAUUCCUCAAAAGAAUGCUAUUUGAAUCUCUUCACCAUGGUUUGGAUGACAUUCAGACCCUAAUAAAGACAUUAAUCUUUGAAUCAGAGUGUACGCCUCAAAGUCAGUUUUCAAUUCUUGCACCUUCAAAUGUCAACAAGCAAGAAGAAAAUGGUGUAUUUAUUAAAACUACAGAUGACACCACAACAGAUAAUUACAUUGCACAAGGAAAGAGAAAAAGUAAUGAAAUGAUCACAAAUUUAGGCAAGAAGCAAAAGACUGAUGUCAGUACUGAACAUCCUCCCUUUUAUUACAACAUUCACAGACACAGCAUUAAAGGAAUGAAUAUGCCAAAGUUAAAAAAGUUUUUGUGCUAUUUAUCUCAAGCAGGCUUUCGAGUAAGCCGAACUCAUUUUGACCCAAUGGGUGUACGCACAGAUGCACCUCUGAUGCAGUUUAAAUCUAUCCUUUUAAAGUACAGCACCCCCACCUACACUGGAGGACAGUCAGAAAGCCAUGUCCAGUCAGCAUCUGAAGAUACAGUAACUGAAAGAGUUGAAAUGUCAGUGAAUGACAAAGCAGAAGCAAGUGGCUGCAGAAGAUGGUAAAUGUAGAGAAGAAUUGGUUCUCAGGUGUCUGUAUAGAUGGCCUAAUAGUUCUCUAUACCAACUGUAGUUCUUUUUCUGUUCUUUCAAUUCAGUAGAGUAAAAAUAAAAAACAGUGUCAUUUUCAUUCAGAAACUGAGCAGUUUCUAACUUAGCUGGUUUGGGAGCUUUGCUUUCCAAGUUUUUUUUUGUUUUAAGGCAAACUUAAAAUUUUAAUGGAAACAUUUCAUAUGAAGCCAAGUCUCACUGAGAUCACCCUACUGCUUAAUAAUUCAGAAAAUUUUCACAUGCAAAGUGUUUGGAAUUUUAUGUAUGUUAUGAAAGCCAUCUUUUACAAUUCUUAAUCACAUCUCUGCCUAAACUGAUUCAUGAUGUUUAUGUUUUCCUGUUUGUAGUGUACAAAAUGAAGCUGAAGGCUCACAUGUUAAAAUGACCCUGAAUAGAAUAGGAAGAACAAUGUUCUUACAGGUCAUAAUGUAUUUCACAAUUAAAAAACUAAAAUAUGUACCCAUUUUUAAGAAAUCAUACUUCUCUCCACAUUGAUCUUUUCAUUUCUUACUAGCUUUUAAGAAAUUAAAUACUUGCCUGAGAUAGAAAUACUUUAUUUUUGUAACUUUAAGGUCUAAAUGACUAAACUUCAAAGUAAGAUUUUGUCAGAAUAAAUUGAGACCAUUAUUCUAAUAUAAUACUUGUUCAUGAGCACUGAAAUCCUGAAGAGGAGAGAUUUGGUUAUAAAUUAAAAAGGUUGGGUGAUCUUAAGUGCCUCAGUUAAUGCACGUACAGUAUUCAUUUGGUUGGUUGUACUACCUCUCAGAAGUAAAAUUUGUCACCUUAUGGAAUGAGAGUUUUUGGGUUUGGGGGUUGUUUUUUUGUUGUUGCUUGGUUUGGUAUUUUUGGUUUUGUGUGUAUUUGUAUAAAUUUUCUGUAUAAUUAGCCCAGGCUGAUGUAACUAUAAAAAUUAGUUGAAAAAAAAAAUUGUUUCCUUAAUGGAAUUCUCACUUCAUUUGAAUAUAAGAUUUUGGAUGAAAGGAUUUGGUAUAAAGUUUGGGUUUUUGUCUCAAGGAUUUGAUCCAUAUUUAUCCCUAAAUAUUUCUUAAGGGAUGUAACUUUUUACAACCAUUAAGUGGGGGGAAGGGGGUGGAGGGGGUGGUAAUAAUUAUAACUGAAAGGUUUAAAUAUACUACCUAAGAAAAAAGUACUUCUGUGACAUAUACAAAAAAAUCUAGUGGAUAGGCAUUAGAUGAAUAGAGAAUAUUAAUUAUGCAGAAAUGAAGGAAAAUCUCUUCAUGCUAGUACAGCGUAUUCCCAAGAGAGUUUAUUUUCCUUUCUCCAAUUAAUGUGGUCAUAAAUUUCGGUAAAAUCAAGAAAUAGGUGAAGUGCAAGCUAGUUUCUAUAAUGACCAUUAAAAAAAUUCUGCUGUGUAAUUCUUGCCAGUUAAAAUUAUAACUUACAAAUGAGCAGAAUAAAUGAGGUUUUUUUUAAUUAAAAAUAAAAAUUACUAUAAAUCCAGGAGGCAAACUAUUAUAGCACUCAGAUUAUCUGAUUUAAUACAUAUUAUUGAAUAUCAGUCUCAAAUUUUGCUAAAUGCUUAUCAGCAUGAUAUAUGUUGAUCAAUGAUGAGUUGGGCUUAAUGCAAAGAUCCUAACUUAAUAAAGAAACCUGUAAAUUACUGUUACCUAAAAUAUAUGUGUAUAUUAAUUUCACAUAUAAAGGUAGAUUUUUCAAAGAAAAAUUUGGUAGGCGGUAGUUUAGAACUCUGUGAUCAGGUACUACAUCAACCAAAAGAGGAAAUACUUUAAAAAUUCCUUUUAGCAACCUGAGCAAUCUUAUUCUCGUAACAAUAGUAGUAAUUUGGGACACUGCAAAUGUUUAUCAUGUUGUAAAGUAACAUCAGUUGUAUCCUUUCAUUAAAACUUGAUAAACAAAA